AAUCAUUCUACUUAUCGAGGACGAAUCUUCCGAACGGAUGGUACGGAGUCAGUUCUCGGCCCCUCUUCGCGGAAACCACUUCACUUUCGAACCUGCUAGCAGAUUAAUACACCCUUCUCGUCGCGUCUCGAUAUUCCAGACAAACACCCGCGUUGCGACCUACCUCGUCGCAUCCCGUUCCUCCGCCAUGCCAGCCGCAAAGCCCAUCCGCCUCCCACCGGUCAAGUCCUUACGAGUCCGCAAUGCGAGGAAGAAGGUCGAAAACCCCUGCAUAAACGUCAUGAAUUCUGUAUUAGCAUGCUGGGCUUCCGCAGGAUACAAUACCGCCGGGUGCGCCGCCCUCGAGAACGCUUUGCGCACCUGCAUGGACGCCCCUCUGCCAGCGAAGGCCCCGACCUCGUCUAUCAAUUACCAUCUCAACCGCAUGUACGACCGUGUCAUCCCCAACGCGACCAGGAGGAAGUAGGGCGAUUUUCUCUAUGCGGAGGGGUUGUCUGCAUCCCCGGAUAUAUGUGCGGUGCACUCCGGGAUUCCCGAUAUGGUAACCGAAUGUCGAUUGCGUGGACAAAUCCGGCUGUCCCAUGCAUCAACGUGGCAUAUCAGUGGGUUCGGUAACGCGAAGGCAUGUUGAACAAAAAAGAAAAAGAAAUUGAAAAAAUGCCCAUCAGCCAUGCCCAAGUGGCCGCAUAUCUGGCGCCGCGACGCUGCAACCGCGAGGAUUUUGUACGAAUUUUUUUUUUUUUUGGCGGCGGC